CCACCCCCAGGUAGUGGCGUGGGUGCUCCCCGGGAAGGGGCUCCCUCCGAGUUGAGAAGGGGAGGUAAUUUACUCAGAACAAGGGGCUGCCUUUGCUAAGUAUAAAUAGUGAGACUUGAAGCGCAGCGUUGCGAUCAGAUGUGAACUCUCCGCAGGAAGAAUUGUCAAAGAUCUUAACACUGAGCCAGCGCGCUCCGGCCGGGAAGCCUCGGCUCCCCUUUCCCUCCGGCGGCCCCCGCCCCGUUCCUCUUCCUCCUCUUCCUCCUCCUCUUCCUCCUCCUCCUCCUCUUCUUACUUCUUUUUCUCCUUUUACUUCUCUUUCUUCUUUCUUCUCUUGUCUUCUUCUUCCUCCUCCGCCCUUUCCUCCCCCACCCCCUGCCCCAUUGAUGUGUUAUUAUUGGGGGGGCUGGAGCAGUAAAAAAAGAAGAAGGAAAAAAAGAGCGGGUCUCGGCUGGGAGAGGCUGAGCGCAGGGCUGACCGGCGUCGGUGGCGAUGGAAGAACUUACGGCGUUCGUCUCCAAGUCUUUUGACCAGAAAGUGAAGGAGAAGAAGGAGGCGAUCACGUACCGGGAGGUACUAGAGAGCGGACCGCUGCGCGGGGCCAAGGAGCCGACUGGCUGCGCCGAGCCCGGCCGGGACGACCGCAGCAGCCCGGCAGUCCGGGCGGCCGGCGGAGGCGGCGGUGGAGGAGGCGGAGGCGGAGGCGGAGGAGGCGGAGGAGGUGCAGGAGGAGGAGCAGGCGGAGGAGCUGGAGGAGGGCGCUCUCCUGUCCGGGAGCUGGACAUGGGCGCCGCCGAGAGAAGCAGGGAGCCGGGCAGCCCGCGGCUCACCGAGGGUUUCGAGCUGCGGCUAAAAAUCACUGGAACCCCGCGAAGACCCUGGAUCAUUGAUCUUGGGGGCCAAAACUUCCCAUUCUCUCUGAGCUAUGAAGGUAGAAUGAGGCCAAGACCGGCCACGGUUCAGGCUAGGCUGUUACUCUCGGGAGACGCGUUGGGCUCCUUUCUGGUGUUGUCCCCGGAGCUGAAGGAGCGAAAAGAGGAUGCGAAAGGGAUGGAGGACGAAGGCCAGACCAAAAUCAAGCAGAGGCGAAGUCGAACCAAUUUCACCCUGGAACAACUCAAUGAGCUGGAGCGGCUUUUUGACGAGACCCACUAUCCGGACGCCUUUAUGCGCGAGGAACUGAGCCAGCGGCUGGGGCUGUCUGAAGCUCGAGUGCAGGUUUGGUUUCAAAAUCGAAGAGCUAAAUGUAGAAAACAAGAAAAUCAACUCCAUAAAGGUGUCCUCAUAGGGGCUGCUAGCCAGUUUGAAGCUUGUAGAGUUGCACCCUACGUCAAUGUAGGUGCUUUAAGGAUGCCAUUUCAGCAGGAUAGUCAUUGCAACGUGACGCCCUUGUCCUUUCAGGUUCAGGCGCAGCUGCAGCUGGACAGCGCCGUGGCGCACGCGCACCACCACCUGCACCCGCACCUGGCCGCGCACGCGCCCUACAUGAUGUUCCCGGCGCCGCCCUUCGGACUGCCGCUAGCCACGCUAGCCGCGGACUCGGCCUCCGCCGCCUCGGUAGUGGCUGCCGCUGCUGCAGCCAAGACCACCAGCAAGAACUCCAGCAUCGCCGAUCUCAGACUGAAAGCCAAAAAGCACGCGGCCGCCCUGGGUCUGUGACGCCAACGUCAGCGCCAACAUCGCGCCUUCGUGGCGCGCACCCUGCGCACCCUCUACCCCCCGCUGCUUCUCCGUUAUCCCCUCCGGACCUCCGGAGCCGACGCUCUUUCCGCUCCGCUGACCUCCCUUGCCCUCUUCCACAUUCCGGACUCGGAGGGCGGGAUCCGCGCGGAACUUGGGAUCCCAAGAGGCGUACCCGCUGCGUGGCUCCUUACCAUUCACCUACCCAAGGGCCUAGAAUUCAGUGGCUUUGUUGGGGGUGUUGAGGUGGUUUGGGGGAAGUUUUUUGAGACUGGACAGGGAGUGUGGCUCAGAGUAAAGCUCCAACGAUGAACUCUUGCGUAGAAACAAAAAUCCUAUUAAUAAAAAAAUGAGCAAAAAAAAAAAAAAAAGUAGAAGAGAUAAGCCAGAGAGAAAAAAGAGAAAGGGAAUGUAUUUGUUAUUGUUAUUGGCGGAAGCUGAAAUCGGAGAGAACCAAGGGACAAAAAAAUUAAAAAAUUAAAGUAUUUUAUACACUUACAAAUAUGGAAAAAUAACCUAGACGAAUCUCAAAAGAAUGGGGAGGGGGGAGUUACCAAUUUCAAGUGUAUGUUUUUUUUUAAUGGGCUAAGAAGGCAAAACAGAAGAAAGAAGUAUACUUAUUUAAAGAAUUAAGAUGAAAAAAAGUGAGCAGCUGGGAAGUUCACAGGUUUUGAAACUGACCUUUUUCUGCGAAGUUCACUUUAAUACGAGAAUUUGAUAAGAGAGGCGGGCCUCCUUUUACGUUGAAUCAGAUGCUUUGAGUUAAAAACCACCAUGUGUGAAAGAGUAAGAAGAGGGAAGACAGUAUAAAGACGAGGAAAGAAAAAAAUUAACACACAAAAAAAGUAACCCCAGACAAUGAUCUCUGAGAAAUUAUGGCAGAACUGUCCAGACUGCUGACAGUAAAUUUCGGUUUGCAUGUUACUUGUAUUCCAUUGAUGGUGUCUCCCACUCCCCGCUUUACUCACAUGCACUUACUCCAUUUUCAAAAAGCGUCUGGAAAUUGAUAUAUACCUAUAUAUAUAUAUACAUAUAUUUUGCCCCGUCUUUGAUCUGUCGAACAAAAAAAAAUGUCGGAAGGGAAAGAAUUUACACUUCGAUUGUCCCAAGAAGAUGGAGGUGGGCAGAAAAUGUGGGGAAAGGAAAAAGAAAAGAAGAGCAAAUGAGAUAAUGAAGGUACAGCGCCUCACACGGUGUCUGACACAUAGUAGGCUGUCAACCAAUGUUAUCCACCCCCCCUCCUUUUCUUGUAUUCCCUCUUGCUGAUUUCCUGAAGUCCUGUUUAAGGACCUUGCUUCAUUUCCCCCUCUCUGUCUUGUCACACUCACCUUAAGCAACACCCAGCUAGAUACAGGUACUAGGUCUGUGUAAAAUAUGUCGAUACACACGAACAAAGUUUAUUUUGGCUAUAAUGUGUGAACUGAUAGUUGACUUUCAACAUUUGCAUUUUAACUCACAAAGGUGUAUAGUCAAGUAAUUUUCUUUUUGUCUCAAUUUAUGUAACUAUUUAAACUGGGGUACCUUGGACUAAGCAAUCUGUAUCCCAAUUCUCUAUAAAGUCUCCUUACGUUUUUUUCCCCUUCUGAUUUACAAGAAAGAAGAAAAGCUCUUUUAACUGAACUUUGGUAUUGAGGUUGAGCUUUGUAACUAUUUGUUCUCCAUGAAAACAAAGUUAUUUAUAUUUGCCAUAUUUUUUCUAGUGUAUUAAGUUAUUUUAAACAAAAGAUGCUGUUAUUUCAUGACGUGUUGUCGGUGCAAAAUGUUUCGGUUUCACCUCUGUUAAGCCUUUUAAAUAAGUGCCAAGUUAUUAAUUGAAGACACUUUGCGAUCAAUUGAAUGAAAAUAGUAUUGUUUCAUUU